AUGCCUCAACCAGGACUAUUUCAAGCUUCAAAAAAGAGACCGGACUGGGAGUGUCAUAAGAGAAUCGAGAGAUCUCGACUCGGCCCGGAAAAAGUAGUCCCAGAAUCAAAAGAAAGGACAAGCUUUUGGGAAUUACAACAAACAAAAAUAGCAGCAUAUGUUGAAGAAAUAUUAUCACCACAUUUUUCUCCUCUUAUACAAUUUGUAAAUGAAUGUGAACCUUUAAUUGAAUCAAAUCAUUCACAAUUAUUAGCUAGAUAUACAGUUAAAGUUGUACAAAUUGUAAGAACAUUUAGUGCUGAAUGGAGACGGUCUGUUGAAGCUAUAAACAAUGAAAUACUUCAUUCUUUUACAAACUUGAAAAAUGCUGCUAAUAUAUUACAGUUAGCCUUCACACAAUUUAUUAACUACUACCAACGUUUAGACAAGGUAACUUCUCAUCAAGUUUUUCGUCAAUGUCAAAUUAGUGGUGAUUUGGUUUCAUAUCAACAUAUUGCAGAAACAAUAAAGAAAUAUAAACCAAUAUUUUGA